UGCAGUCUGGAGUGACGUUUUUCCCGAAUCAGAGAGUCUGUAGUUCCAGCCGGUAGAACAGAUACCGCGGACAGCGCACCUCCUGUUUCAAAACUAUACAGUCAUCCACUUGCAGGCGGUCUACAGCAACAACAUAAUGGAGCAUCUAGAGGCCUUUGACAAACAGUUCAAUGGUUUUCUGGAUUAUUUGUUUGGACCUAGAGAUACCAGGGUCAGAGGAUGGUUCAUGCUGGACUCCUGUUUGCCGACAAUGUCUCUUACCCUUUUGUACCUGCUUAUUGUAUGGCUGGGAACAAUAUAUAUGAAGAACAGACCUGCAUAUUCUUUAAAGGGUGUUCUAAUUGCAUAUAACUUUUCAGUAACCAUGCUGUCACUGUACAUGUUCAUUGAGCUGAUUGCAUCAACAUGGGAAGGUGGUUACAAUUUGCAGUGUCAGAAUCUCCACAGUGCUGGGGAAGUGGACACAAGGGUUGCUAAGGUGUUGUGGUGGUACUACUUCUCCAAGCUGAUUGAGUUCUUGGACACCAUAUUCUUUGUUUUACGGAAGAAGAACAAUCAGAUUACUUUCCUUCACGUGUAUCACCAUGCAUCAAUGUUCAACAUCUGGUGGUGUGUUCUCAACUGGAUACCCUGUGGACAGAGUUUCUUUGGUCCUACUCUGAACAGUUUUAUCCAUGUAUUAAUGUACUCCUACUAUGGGCUAUCUACCAUUCCUUCAAUGCACAAAUUCCUCUGGUGGAAGAAAUAUCUUACUCAGGCUCAACUGAUUCAGUUUCUGCUCACUAUAACACACACACUCAGCGCUGCUGUUGUACCUUGUGGAUUCCCCAUGGGCUGCUUGAUGUUCCAGUCGUCUUACAUGGCCACUUUGGUUAUCCUGUUUCUUAACUUUUAUGUACAGACAUACAAGAAGAAGCUUUCAAAAGAAGAUGGAUGGAUCACAGCUGACAUUAAGGAUGUCAGGAAUGGCUAUCACAACGGCUAUGCAGCAACAACUAACGGCACAAUCUCAAAACAAAAAGCUCAAUAGAAUUAGUAAUAUCUAGAAUACAGCAUAAAGAACUUGUCAGGUAGCAACAAUAGAAUAUAGGGUGUGGUUGACACUGUAUCCAUAAGAAGGUUAAUACCAUAAUAUCAUUUGCAAAGCAGAUUGACCUAGAAACUUAGAAAUUUAUGAGUAAAACUUUAACAAUGCUAAACAAUCCAUAAAUAACCAGCUCUAACUGUCCCCAAGCUACGUUUUCAUCUUCCUCUGGGAUUGAAUUGAUCUGGGAUUGUUAUCUCUCCAACUUUUGUAAGCGGUUCCCUAAUGAGUGUCCAAGGACAUGAGGCAGGUUUUAAAUUUCCAACUGCAGAACAAACUAUUAGGCUGAGCAUGAAUGUUGUGAAUAUAUUUAACAUGUACACUAGUGCAGGUGAUGUGGCAGACUGUGAUGUGAACUGACAGCAGCUCCAGUUUCAUAUUGGAAUGAGAUUGAGUUUUACAGACAGGUUUAGCUGAAAAUGUGACAGAAGUAGAGUUUUAUCAUUUUUCCUACAGGUUUAAACACAGAAUAAUUAACUGCUAAAUCCCAGUUGUAAUUAUAGUUAAUUAUUUAUAGGUGUAAUUGUAUACUGUGCAAUAUUAAUUAUUUGUAUUUAACUGUAACUGAGUACAUCUGUGUGCUGCUGCUUUCCAGGACCCUUUGGAAAUGAGAUGUAGAUCUCAAUGGGUUAUUCUCCAGUCAGUGCCUGUGUAAGUUCAUCCCAAGGAUGCAAACCACUGUUGAAAAAAAAAACCCUCUAAUUCAUAAGUAGAACUUCUUAUGAAGCACAUUUUGCAGCCACAUCCUCUUCACUGUUGCUACCUGUCCAGUUUCCUUGGGGACACGUUCCCGUGUCAUUGAACUAGACAGAUGACUUUUGUUCCAUUUUGAAUAUCAGCAUCAAAAGAUGCUUCAAUUAAAUGAAGAUUAACAACUUGUAUUUGGAGUUUUAUAUACAAUAUAACAGUUUGUACCUAAUUUUUUAUUCAGUUUUUUAUCUUGUUUUAUUACUACUUGUGUCUGACAAUGAAAACUGUUGGAGUGCUCUUGGAGUGCUAUAUACUAAAAUAAAAUAAAACACACUACAGUAAGUUCAAAUUCAAAUCAAGUGAAACAGAAGUUGCCUAAAAUCAAAAUAAAACUAAUCUGAUAAAUCAUAAUCUUUGGUCAAUGUCCAGACAGGCCUGAGGCAAAAUACAUAGCUUUGUUAAACAAAAUACAGCAGAACCUGUCAUAUCCAAAUUAAUUGGUUCCAGGAUCCAUUGAAUAUGUACUAUAUCUCAGAGGGAGACAUCACAUUACAUUGUAUUUGUUUUAUAAACACACCAUCUCUCUUUUUUUAUCUGCAAUGGAAUCCAUUCUAUCCUGCUAUGAACUGAAUGUACUGUUUUAGACCCAUAAUAAAAUGUGCAUUGAUUGGU